AUGUUUCAAGCAAAUUGGACAACUGGAACAGUUUUUAUCUUCCUGGGAUUUUCCCACUACCCCAAAGUCGAGAUAAUCAUAUUUGUUCUCUGUCUGCUGAUGUACUUGACCACCUUGCUGGGCAAUAUUGUUCUGAUCUCCAUUACCAUCCUGGAUUUUCAUUUGCACACUCCCAUGUAUUUCUUCCUCAGUAAUCUCUCCUUUCUGGACAUCUGGUACACUUCUUCUGCUCUCACUCCCAUGCUGGUAAAUUUUGUUUCAAGGAAAAAUACCAUCUCAUUCUCAGGAUGUGCUUCCCAGAUGUACUUAUCUCUAGCUAUGGGCUCCACCGAGUGUAUACUUCUCUCCAUGAUGGCAUAUGAUCGGUACGUGGCUAUCUGCAACCCCCUGAGAUAUUCCAUCAUCAUGAACAGGAGGCUCUGUGUACGGAUUGCAGCUGGAUCGUGGGUGACAGGAUGCCUCACUGCCCUGGUAGAAACUCUAUCUGUGCUGCAGCUGUCUCUCUGUGGAAACAGCAUCAUUAAUCACUUUGCUUGUGAGAUUUUGGCUGUCCUGAAAUUGGUUUGUGGAGAUACUUCUAUGGCACAGUUAAUAAUGCUGGUGAUCAGCAUACUUAUUCUUCCUAUGCCAAUGCUACUCAUAUGUAUCUCUUAUGCAUUUAUCCUCACCAACAUCCUGAGAAUCAGCUCAGUGGAUGGUCGAAGCAAAGCCUUUUCAACAUGUGCAGCUCACUUGACGGUGGUGGUUUUGUUCUAUGGGACAGCUCUCUCUAUGUACCUGAAGCCCUCAGCCAUAGAUUCACAGGAAAUAGAUAAAUGUAUGGCUUUGGUCUAUGCAGGAUUAACCCCCAUGUUGAAUCCUAUCAUUUAUAGCUUACGCAAUAAAGAGGUAAAAGUAGCUGUGAAAAAAUUACUGAUUAGAAAUGCUUUUAAUACUGUCUUAAUUUCCAUCCUGAAAUAAUACUGGAAUCUUAAAUAUUAUCUGGAAAAACACACCAUAGUUAAUAAAACUAAAAUGUAAAGAGUACUCAUUUUCAACAGGAG